UUCGGCACCUUCUUUUCCGCACUGUUGUUCACGGUAUCGUUGAUGAGUCCAACUUCAGCCUAUAAAACGUGACCGCUGACCGCAGGUCAGACAUCAAUCGUUAGCAGUCUCUCAACCGUUAAUCAAGCCAACGAACGCAGGAAGCAACCAUGAAGGUUUUCAUCGUUCUAUCGGUGGCAAUUGCCCUCGUCAUCGGGGCACCAGCUGACGAUUCCAACAACGCGGAAAAUGGCAAAAAAGACAAACGUGGACUCGUGGAAAUCGGGCACAACUUUGGCUACGAAGAACCGCUUCUGGUUGAUCCUCUUCAUACGACACAUGUAGCCAAGCACGUGACGGUUACCAAGAAUGUGCCCGUUCCGUACCCAGUAGAGGUGGAGAAACACGUCCCAGUUGCAGUGAAGGUUCCCUAUCCUGUCCACUAUGAGAAGCACGUUCCGGUGGUUGUGGAGAAGAAGGUCCCAGUCUACGUCGAGAAGAAGGUCCAUGUCCCAGUUGAUCGGCCAGUUCCAUACCCCGUCAAGGUUAAGGUCCCUGUGGUCCACAAGGAGUACGUCGAAGUGGCCAAGCCCUAUCCAGUGCAUGUCGAGAAGCCCUAUCCGGUGUACGUGAAGGAACCGGUAUACUACGAACAGGCUCCGGUUUACGUGAAGGACCACUACUACCAGCACAAGAAGCCGUACUACGGUUGAAUGAGCGCGUGACGAAAUCUGUCCGGUGAUUGUGGAUUUUCUCUGUUCUCUCGCAAUGGUUUUGACCUUAUGAUCAAUGCUUUUUAAUAAAUUGCAAUGCUAUGUAAAUACUUA